AAUAGUGAGAAUAUUCGUCGUAGACGCGUGAUAACCUAAAUUUUAGGUUACUACUAAAAAAUACGUUAAAAGCGUGAUAGGAUACAAUGUUUCGAUCAUAUCUCGCUAAUGUGGCCUCGCGUGCUAUUGUUAUUAGAAAAAACAAUGCACGAUUUGUAAGUUUUCAUAAACUGAAAGAAACAUUAAAUCAUUUCUGGAGCUCGGAUUCCAAAAAGUUACCGUAUAAACACGUUUGUCAAAUUGGUGAUCCUGUUCUACGUGGCCAUGCAAUGAAGAUAGAACCAGAAGUCAUAAAAUUGGAGGAUUUUCAAAAGGUAAUCACACAUUUGAUAAACAUUAUGAGGAGUUAUGAUGCAUGUGGUAUGUCCGGACCUCAAAUUGGACUUCCAUGGCAAAUAUUUGCUAUAGAACAUACAAUGGAACAUAUGAAAACUAGUGACGAGGUUAUCAAGAAAGCCUAUGAGAUGGAAGUCAUUCCAGUGACAAUUUUCAUCAACCCUGAAUUAAAAAUAAUAGAUCAUACACCAAUCAUCUUGUAUGAAGGAUGUGAGAGUGUUCGUGGAUAUUCUGCUGCUGUGCCCAGAGCUUAUGAAAUAGAAAUUACAGCUUUGAAUGCUUCCGCUGAGCAAUUUACAUGGAGAGGACGUGGAUGGUCUGCUAGAAUAGCACAACACGAAUAUGAUCACUUACAAGGAGAACUAUAUAUAGAUAAAAUGGAUAUGAGCACAUUUCAAUGCACAGCUUGGGAAAAAAUUAAUAAAAACGAUGGCAAAAUACACUUAAAUUAUUUGCCGAAAAAAUAAGAUAUUAUAAAUUGUAUUAUAUAUUUAUGUUAACUGAAAUAGAUGCAAGGAUACAAUCAUAGCAGACUAUUAGACAUGAUUAUAGAUAUGCGGAGCUAUAGCAUACCAGAUGAAUAAAGAGAAUAAAUAUUUUUUCGUGCAAACUGUGUUUUUACAUGAUUCUAGAAUUACUGAUUACUAGAAUCUAUACCUUCUUGCAUUACAUUUAAUCGCUAUUUUACUAGCGCAGCUUUGAACAUCAUUUAAUUGUUUAUUCUAUGACGUGCUUAUAUUUUUCA